UUCCAAUAGGUACUGCCAUGGAACCGGAGGCCAGGAGGGAGUUUGAGAGGAAAGUUGGCACUGCUGUGACACAGGUAGGCCUCGUCAUCAGUCCAUUCCAGCCUUGGCUAUGCGCAAGUCCCGACGGGCUUUUUGAAGCUGGUAGUGAUGUGAAAUUGCUGGAAAUCAAGUGUCCUUAUUCAAGGCGAGAUGAUACUAUCAUUGACCAUGUGUCACAGCAGAGUUAUGUGAACUACAUUGUUUACGAGGAUGGUCACUUGAAAGUUGCUCGCAGCCACCAGUAUUACUGCCAGGUGCAAAUUGCCAUGUAUGUCACCAACACAAAGGAAUGCUUCUUUUUUGUUUACAGUAGGAAACAGAGCAUCAUUGUUGUCGUUGAGCGGGAUGAAGCUUUUCUUAGUGCGAACAUUCCAAAACUGGAAAGCUUUUUUUAUUCAUUUUACAUGAAAGAGCUCAUGAAAUAGGAUGCAACCAAUGUACAUCCUAACGUAUGUGAUACUCGUGAAAAAUGCACAGC